GCCGCGAAUUCACUGACACAUCUUGUUCAGUGACUGCCACUCCGUUUACUCUGCACUGAGCGCAACACCAUGACCUCAAAACGUGGACUUGACGGCCCUCAAGAGGCUGGACCAUCGAAACGGAGGCGGGCCGAGGAUAAUGAGGAUAAUCUCGACGAAGAAUAUCAAAGUGAACAAGAUGCGAACGCCGCUUUCGUUCCUAGGGGUGCGACAAUCAACUUUAGUGCGCUAACAAGGAAACUCGCCGAAGCCAGGAGAGCCAAACCCGUCGACGGUGAAGAAAGCUCAUUAGACGCACAUCGUCGGCAGCAAGAUGCACUAGUGUCACACAUCUUCAUGGAUCAGGAUUUCUCUUGGCUCCAUCUUAAGCCCGACCAUGCUUCGCGGCCAUUAUGGAUUAGUCCUGACGAUGGCCAUAUUAUUCUCGAGGCCUUUUCACCGAUUGCAGAGCAGGCUCAGGACUUUCUUGUAGCUAUCAGUGAACCUGUUAGCAGACCGGCCUUUAUCCACGAAUACAAACUCACUUCUUAUUCGCUGUACGCUGCCGUGUCGGUCGGGUUGCAGACCGAGGAUAUCAUUGAAGUGUUGAACCGGCUGUCCAAGGUCCCAGUGCCAGAUACCAUCAUCAACUUCAUCCGGGAGCGAACACUAUCUUACGGGAAAGUGAAGCUUGUGCUCAAGCAUAACAAGUAUUUCGUUGAGAGCAGCCACCCAGAAACCCUUCAGCUCCUGUUGAAGGAUAAGGUGAUACGCGAAGCACGAGUUGUUACUCAGCAGACAGACAAUAGUAUCAAGGCUGCCACCUUCACGACAACCAAAGCCCCUGUGAAGGGUAAUCUUGUGAUCCCUGGAACAAAGGAGGCCGAGAAGAAGAAGGACGAGACUGCGGCCACUAGGCCCGGAACAUCCGUUUCGGGAGGAACCGUGGAUGCUGACCUUUUUACCUCAAUUGUUGGUGUCGACAACGAUGAAAUCGAUGAAGACGACGACAAUGUUCACGCAUUUGAGAUUGACGAUGCCAAAAUUGACGACGUGAAGAAGCGGUGUAAUGAGUUGGAAUAUCCAAUGCUCGAAGAGUAUGACUUCCGGAAUGAUACGGUCAACGCAAAUCUGGACAUUGACCUCAAACCGGCAACUGUCAUCCGACCGUAUCAAGAGACAAGCUUGAGCAAGAUGUUCGGAAACGGCCGCGCGCGGUCUGGAAUUAUAGUACUUCCGUGUGGGGCGGGGAAAACGCUCGUCGGCAUUACCGCAGCCUGCACGAUUAAAAAGUCGUGUUUGGUACUGUGCACUUCCUCCGUGUCCGUCAUGCAAUGGAAGCAACAAUUCAUGAUGUGGUCGAAUGUGACCGAUCGCCAAAUUGCCGUUUUCACCGCAGACCAGAAGGAGAGAUUCGCUGGAGAGAGUGGUAUUGUUGUAUCGACGUAUUCCAUGGUCGCAAAUACGCACAACAGGUCCCACGAGUCCAAGAAGAUGAUGGAGUUUUUGACUUCACGUGAAUGGGGAUUCAUUCUGUUAGAUGAAGUGCACGUCGUGCCGGCCGCCAUGUUCCGCCGCGUUGUUACAACAAUCAAAGCGCACUCGAAGCUUGGCUUGACAGCGACCCUUGUGCGUGAGGACGACAAAAUUGCGGAUCUUAACUACAUGAUUGGGCCUAAGUUAUACGAGGCUAAUUGGAUGGACCUUGCUGCCAAGGGACAUAUAGCUAAUGUCCAGUGUGCCGAAGUUUGGUGUCCUAUGACUCCUGAAUUUUACAAGGAGUAUCUCCGGGAGCAAUCUCGGAAGCGUAUGCUGCUUUACUGUAUGAACCCAAAGAAGUUCCAAGCGUGCCAGUUCCUCAUCAAAUUCCACGAGGCAAGAGGAGACAAGGUCAUUGUCUUUUCUGACAAUGUCUUUGCGCUCGAGGCAUACGCCAAAAAACUUGGGAAACCUUAUAUCCAUGGUGGUACAGGCCAAGUUGAACGGAUGCGGGUGUUGCAAUGGUUCCAGCAUGACUCUAACGUCAACACCAUCUUCCUGUCGAAGGUUGGUGAUACAUCCAUAGAUCUGCCAGAGGCCACGUGCCUCAUCCAAAUCAGUUCACACUUUGGGUCCAGGCGACAGGAAGCCCAGCGCUUAGGUCGCAUCUUACGAGCGAAGCGGCGUAAUGACGAGGGCUUCAACGCGUUCUUUUACUCCCUUGUUUCCAAGGAUACCCAGGAGAUGUUUUACAGCACGAAACGUCAGCAAUUUCUUAUCGACCAGGGUUAUGCGUUCAAGGUCAUUACACACCUGGACGGACUCGAGGAGCUCGAAGAUUUAGUUUAUAAGACCAAGGAUGAACAAAUCGAGCUGAUAUCAUCGGUGCUCUUGGCCAACGAGAGCGAGGCCGAUCUAGGGACAGAUAUACGCGGGAAUGAGGGGGACUUGGCAGGAACGGUGACAUCCAAAGACUUUGGCCCUACAAGAUUUCCUGCAGCCCAGCGGACGACAGGAUCUCUUACGGCCCUUAGUGGUGCUCAGCACAUGUCAUAUGUCGAGCAGAAUAAAUCGGCCAACAAGAAACUCGCGCGGGAUGCGGCACCGCGCCACAAAUUGUUUUCCCGCCGCGAUAAGGACAAAGCCACCGCGCGAAAAGAGCAGCGAGCGAUGGGGCGCACUUGAGUGCUAUCAAGGGAACUGGAGGGGUGGGCCCGCGGGUUCCACAGUUGUCACGUUGCUGAAGCUUCAGUAAUUUGUCAUGGACUCAUAGGGUUCCUUAACGCCACCGUUUCUUGAAAAUGCAUAGUUUUCUAUGAUGGGAAGCUAGGUUCGGUGGACGAUGACGCAUUGGUUGAUAUGACACAGGUGACUGGGGCUGGUUGCUCUGGACCGGUAGCGGAUCUUAGAUAGUUUACUGCGUGGGUCACGCUAAAACCGUAUCGACCCCCUGUGAUUUGAAGGAGUUCGUCAAAAUGAGGAAGUUCUCUUCCAAAAGGGUACUUCCAGAGAGAACGAGACUCGUGG